AUCUAGAGACAGGUUGGGUGAAGAGUGAAAGAGGAGUGAGACAAGGCUGUAUAUUAUCACCAACAUUAUUUAGUCUUUUCACAGAGGAAUUAGCAGUCAGAAUGAGGAGAAUGAAUGCAGGAGUGAGAAUUGGAGAGGAUAAAGUAUGUGUGUUGUUGUAUGCGGAUGAUGUGGUGGUUAUGAGUGAGUCUGCUGAAGAACUACAGAGUCUCCUAGAUGUGGUAGGGGGUUAUGGAAGGGAUUUUGGGGUUAGGUUCAGUAGUGAGAAGAGCAAAGUAAUGAUAGUGAAUAGGUCAGAGGAUGAGAGAAAGAACUUGGAGACUGGAAGGGAUGAGUUGGAACAGACGGAAGAAUACAAGUAUCUAGGGGUGUGGAUGGAGGUAAAUGGAUGCGGCAGGGCCAAGAAUGUAAAGAUAAGUAUGGCAAACCAGUGGGUAGGCCGUUUAGGGAGUGCAGCGAGGAUGAGAGCGAGCAAGUAUGAUGUCAUCCGUGAGGUUUGGAAGAGUGUGGCUGUCCCGAGCAUUAUGUAUGGAAUGGAUGUGAUGACAUGGAAUGACAGUGAGAUAGAAAAAUUGGAAGUGGGGCAGAAUAGGGUAGCAAGAAUGGCACUGAAUGCACCAAGGUUUGCAGCAGUAGAGGCUCUUAGGGGGGACAUGGGAUGGAGCACGUUUAGGGAAAGACUAGUAAAGGCAACCUUGAGAUAUAAAGUGAGACUGGAACAAAUGGAGGAUGCAAGAUUAGCAAGGAAAGUAUACUUGUGGAGUAUAAGAGAUGGCAAAUGGGCGAAUAAAUGUGGGCGAAUGAUAGACAGGAAUGUUAUGCUAAGUAGGUGGGUGUACCGACCCUUUGAAGAUAGACAGAAUGUGUUUGAAUGGAGAAUAACAAACAGAAAUGGAGAGGGGUUUGAGUGGGAUGUAAGAAAGUGGAAGAAUGUGAUAGAUAUGGCAGUUAAAGAUGAGGGAUUGAGCAAGUGGAAGAAUGAGAUGGAAAGAAAGGAAACUCUCGACUGGUAUAGGGAGAAAGAGGCCCCAAAGUGUGAGGUGUGGUAUGAGGGAAGCCUGGGAGGUGAUCUUCUUUUCCGUGCUAGAGCGCAGUGUCUGGAUGUGAAUGCAAGGAACUAUAGAUGGUCUGAGUCCCGCAGCAAAGUAUGCCAGAUGUGUGACAGGGGUGUGGACGAGACUGUGCAGCAUGUAGUGCUGGAAUGCAAGAAGUAUGACAGGGAGAGAACGAAGAUGAUGCAUGUGUUUUUGAGCGAGAUGGGACGUGAUGUAAACGGGAGGACUGGAAGGGAGUGGAUGGUGCUGCUGCUGGGGCUCAGUGGAGAGACGAGUGAACGAGUGAUUGAGGCAGUGAAAGAGUUCUUGGCGGGCAUGUGGCGUGAAAGAUGUAGGGAAUGAUAUCUUGCCCCGAGAACAUUGACUUCCCGCAUGUUUUGUUUUCUUUUCACAGGAGCUGCCGAUACAAAGGCCUGGCUGGGGAGAAAUCCCGAGCCACCUGUGACAUCAAGAUCAAGAUCAAGAGCGGGGCGUGUUGACGUGUGUGUGUGUGUGUGUGUGUUGGUGAGCAGCGUUCAUUGCAAGGGAAACAACAAAGGAGAAGGGAGGAACAUGCCAUCCCAACCCCCAGGCAGUACAGAGUGUGAUUAUACAACUAGUAAUACAUGUGGAGGCAGUACCAAGAAACGAUAAAGACACAAUGGCAGGAAUGAAUGCACAACAAGGGAGGGGGGCGGUACCUGCCGGCCUCCCCCUGGGCAAUGAUGAUGUGUUGUCUGUGGCAGUGUUCACCCACGAGGCGCCCCAGCUGGUGAUGCUGUGCCGGGUGUGUUGUUCCCUGAGCACACUGGCGGCAGUGCUUCCAGAUGGUCAUCCUCAGAGCACCACAUUCAUCAGAGUCGGCCCCAAAACCUUCAUGGGCACUCCAGUAAUGAGGUCCAAUCAAACCACCAUCCAGGCCCCUCAAGAAAGCCUACUGCCGCUAUAGGCUGACACAUAAAAAAAAUAAAUAAAUAAAUAAAAUGAAUAAUAAUAGUAAUGAUAACUGUUAGGUAAUGUGCCGUGGGUUAUGGUUAAACUGAGAUUGGAGUGGCUGCACCUUGCAGGGACUUGGUACCUUAUUGUAUUUGUUUAUUUAUUGUCUCCAUAUCCAUAUUUAUCCAGGUUUCUUAAGUUUCCACAAGCUCUUUGCCUCCAUCACCUUUUCUCUUAAGUCAUUCCCAGUGUUUAUGUUUCUCCUUGGAAAGCUGUAGUCCUUAGUAUCAUGACGACAUGUUCCCUUCCUCAUGUUUUCCUGUGACUUCCUAGCUCUGCCUUCCCUUCCCUUGUCAGUAAUAGGUCUUUAUCACCUGACUCCUGCAAGUCACUCACUGGUUCACAUCCUGCAGUCAGACCUUCUCUCUCCCCUUUUAUAGAAGUGAAUGUAUUGAUAUUUUAUGUGAGUGUAAGGAAGUGACCCUUUGUGUUUUGUGCAGGCAUUACCCGGUGGUUGUGCUGCUUGACCUCCCCUGACCCGGAACCUCACGGCACACUUCCCAGAACAGGACCUCAUCCACUAACCCUCAAGGCAUUACCUGGGGGGCAUGCUGCUUGACCUCCCUUGCAGGGUCGCCUUGCUGCCCUGGAACCUCCCGGCACACUUCUCACACUUCCCAGAACAGGAUCUCAUCACUGCCCCUCAAGGUGGGUAUAUGUGCAGCCCGACAGCCUGCUUUUUCCCAGGUAGACAGAUCAUCAUCAUCACCACCAUCAUCGUCAUCACCAUCAUAACCAUCAUCGUCAGCAUCAUCAUCAUCACCAUCAUCGUCAUCAUCAUCAUCACCAUCAUCGUCAUCAUCAUCAUCAUCACCAUCAUCGUCAUCAUCAUCAUCACCAUCAUCGUCAGCAUCAAGAGUAUCAAGACGCCUCUCCAAUUGAAACUGAGCCUCUCUUUUUGUCCUCCUGUGCUGCCUUCCUUCAGCUGGAGCAGUGCUUGAUAGUCUGCUGUCUCAUUUUUGUGGCUUCCACUGCCGUAAAAAAAUCACCAUCAUCAUCAUUCUCAGAGAAAGUAGAGUCCUUUCCAAGUCUCUGAGUGUGUCCAGCCAGCCUCACUCUGCCUGCAGGCACUGUUCAGGCUUCAGCAGCCCCUCUGGUCAGGCCCAGGGUCUGAAGGCCAUUCUGCACUGUGUCAUCAUGUCUGCCUUAGUUACCCUCCACCUCAGCUGCAGUGUAUCCUCGUCUAAUGUAGGUUUUUGUAUCUGUGCCUCCAACUUGUUAGAGAAAGUUUGUGUUGCAGGGACUAGAGGAAACUUUUUCUUUGGCCCCUUCCCUAAAUCCCCUCUUUUUCUCCCCUUCACUCGUGAGUGCCCUUACGUAGCCACAUAGAAAUUAGAAAAUACACUCUGCUGCUGUUCACUAAGUUAGAAAAAUACGAUGUGAGCACAGUGGAAUUUGAGAAAAACAACACUUUAUUGACCUCAAGAGAGAAGUGCGCACACACCAAGCCUGAGGGGAGGGAGAGACUGGCUAAAAACCUUCCAAGUUGAGGGAACUCACAACACAUCUCAUUAACUUACUAGUGUUCUGCAUUGCCUCCUCUUCUUGCCGCUGCAGGAUGUUUCUCUUAACCCGUCCACUGCGAUUGUCACGGAUUUUGCCUUCACUGUUAGCCUGGUAACACACUCCCAGGUCUUUCUCUGGCUCUGUGGUGGAUAGUGGAGUGUUUCCCAUGUGGUAUUGGUAUGCUGGAUAUCCCCUCCCAAGGUGCAGGACCUUACACUUUUCUUCAUUGAAUUGUAGCAGCCACUUUUUGCUCCAUUUCUGUAUCUUGGUGAGGUCUUCUGGUAGGAAAUCCCCAGUCAAGGGGUUAAUGUGCAAAGUGGCAGGUGCCUGUCUGCCUUGGUUUCCUUGGUCUGUGUCCAUGCAAGUGUAGACUGAGACUGCUUCUUCCAGCUGCCUCACCACCUCAUUGGGAAGCGUUGUUGGCUGUGAUCAACACCUUCUGGCACUCCACAUGACUCAGAAUGGGAUGCAGGAAGCAUAGUCUUGGCCUCCUCCACCUCCCCCUCCUCCUCCUCCUCCUCCUCUUGUUGUUUUCUUUCCUCUUCCUCCCUGUCUUGUUUCAUAAUGGUGUUAACAGAAAUGUCAUCCCCUCACAAGCUCCCUCCCCUCCUCCAGCGUCACACCACCACCUCCAGGCAGGGUUCGGGCAGCAGCAGCAGCAGCCUCUAUGCAGUGUGUGCCACAAAAUGGGCCUGGGAGUAGCAGGGAGGGGCGGCAGGGUGGGGAAGGGGCGGCCUGAGGCGAGGAGGAGCGGGGUGCUGAUUAGUUAGUGGCUGAGAGCGAGAGACAUCAAGCGUUACAGUAAUUUUUCUGUGGUUGAGUUAGAGUUCCCUACCGUGGAAUCAUGCCCGGGUUAGACGAAUUUCCCGUUACAAUAAACUGCGUAAGAUGAAAAGUUUUGUUUAGUCGGCGCAACAUCUGUGGUCAUAUGCCGAAGAGAGACAGGAGGGGGAAGGAAUUAUAGGAGAAGGGAACAGAUCCCAGGAGACGGGACACAACCCCAGAUUAAUACCUGGUACCCAUUCACUGCUGGGUGGACAGGGGCGUAGGGUAUCGGAAAAGCUGCCCAAAUGUUUCCACUCCGCCCGGGAAUCGAACCCGGGCUCUCAGUUGUGAGCCGAGUGUGCUAACCACUGCACCACGAAGCCCCCUCUGCGUAAGAUGAGGAUAAACUGUACGGCCUCUCUCACCCUCACCCUGACACCCUUCACUCCUCUCCAUCCAUACAGCCAAAGCACCUCAGUAACCAAGGGUAUGUAGGUCUUUCUGUACUGUAUCAUCCUGUGUCUUCUUUGGUCUGCCUCCACCAACACUACCCAUCACCUGCUGCCUCCCUCACCCUCACCCUG